CUACCAAUUCCAAUUCGCCAAUUUCUGUCGCAUUACUUAACUUUCCUUUACUAUGAUAGUCUAUUUGGCUGCAGGUUUGAUCUACAUCUCCAAUAUAAUUUUGUGACCCGUUCUUCUACUCCAUCAAUUUUCGAGUUGCUUUUUCAGGAAACCCAAAUAUUGCUGAGGGUCGCAGAGUUGAAGAGAAAUGGGUUAUGGAGUGCCUCCCGUCUCCCAUUGUGUGUCGAACCUCCUAGGAAUAAGACCCACUGGGAUUACGUUCUGGAGGAAGUAAAAUGGAUGGCUACAGACUUUCGAAUGGAACGGCAGUUCAAGCGCACAGUCGCUAGGAAGAUAGCGGCCGCCAUUCAGAAGAAAAGAAAAGACGAUGAACUCGAGCAAGAACGAGCACAACAGCGAGCUAUUAGAGAUGGCAAACGGGUCUGCGCAUCAAUUGCAAAAAUGGUUCGCGAGUUUUGGAUGACUGUAGACAAGGUCGUCGAACACCGAGCGCAGGAAAUUCUAGAGGCAAAGAAACGAAAAGCUUUGGAUGCUCACAUGGCUUUCAUCGUGGGAGAAGCGGAUAAGCUGAGCUCAAUAGUGCAAGAAGGCUUAACACAGGAUAGAGCUUCUAAAACGCCGUCUGUCUAUUCUCGGGAUGAGGAAAAUGAUGACGAUUUCUCUGCGAGCGAAUCCGAGUCAGAUGAUGAGGUUACCAUUGAACGAGAGGAGGCGGCAAUGCAAGAAGGUGAUAUCGAAGACGUGAAAGAGGAAGUUUCCGCUUUAAGCAAAGAUGCUGAUCAGGACAUGGACGAUUUUUUAGCAUCAGUAAGUCCUAUAACAACUGCCAAGAAAUCUACUCGAAGCGAAAACGACGACGAAAUUGAAGAAGUGGCUGCGAAACGUCAAAAACUUGAUGAAGCAUCGGAUGAGGACAAUAACAGCGUAUAUUCAUUAUCCCUUCAAUCCUUUUGUUCUUCUCAGGAGGGCAAUGGCGAUGGUCGUGGUAUGUUGGAAAGUGUCGACUAUUCGAAGCUGAACAGUGUGAAUAGUGAUGAACGCCAGCAAGAGUUGGCUAAUAUUGCGGAAGCAGCGUUGAAAUUUCAGCCAAAGGGUUACACCUUAGAAACAACUCAGGUCAAAACUGCGGUGCCGUUCCUAAUAAGGGGCACAUUACGUGAAUAUCAGAUGGUGGGAUUGGAUUGGCUAGUUACACUGUAUGAGAAGAACCUGAAUGGCAUUCUUGCUGAUGAAAUGGGUCUGGGAAAAACUAUUCAAACAAUUGCUUUGCUCGCUCACCUCGCCUGUUGCGAAUCCAUUUGGGGUCCACACCUUAUAAUUGUGCCAACAUCUGUCAUUCUAAACUGGGAAAUGGAGCUGAAAAAGUGGUGCCCUGCCUUCAAAAUAUUGACGUAUUUUGGUACCCAAAAGGAUCGAGCUGAAAAGCGAAGGGGUUGGUCAAAACCGAAUGCGUUUCAUGUGUGCAUUACAUCUUAUAAAACCGUGACUACUGAUAUUCGUGCAUUCAAAAUGAAGGCGUGGCAGUAUCUCAUCCUGGAUGAAGCACAGAACAUCAAAAAUUUCAAAAGUCAGCGUUGGCAAGCGCUACUUAAUGUGAAGGCAAGAAGACGUCUACUCCUCACUGGUACACCGCUGCAAAAUUCUUUAAUGGAACUUUGGUCCUUGAUGCAUUUUCUGAUGCCAGCAAUUUUUGCUAGCCAUGACGAUUUCAAGGAUUGGUUCAGUAAUCCCCUCACCGGAAUGAUGGACGGUAGUGUCGAGUUCAACGCUCCUCUUGUCCAGCAGUUACACAAGCAAAUGUCACUGUUCAGAACUCGCGAAAAUCUGAAGAGCGGCAACGUACUCUCCGUUCUUAAUAUUGUUAUGCAGUUACGAAAGUGCUGUAAUCAUCCCAAUCUGUUCGAGCAACGCUCUGUUGAGUCGCCGAUGUGCCUACAUCAUCUACGAUUGAAUGUACCGGGACUUCUUGUCGAUCUUGAUGAGAAAGUUUUCGGCCGUGAUCUUCCGGAAAUUUUCGACUUGCGGAAAAGAUUCACAGGGGUUGCCAGAUCGAACUCCAUAUGGUCAUCCUCCCAAAACUUCGUCAACUGUUGUACACGUGAGUUUCUAUACGUUUCAGAAAACUCAAUUCUCAAAGCACCUGGUUAUUUUUUACAGCAUUUGCUUCGUUGUACCACUGCUGUCUCCAAAGUAGCGCCCCUUACGGUGUCAACGGCUACCAGUGGAUUCCAUUAUGUGAUGCAGAACGGUGGUGUUCAUGAGUUGGAUCUAUCUGCAUCUCUCAGUCCUCCUCUCAAAAGACAACCUGUCACGGGAGAGUUUGCAGAUCUUAUACCGGUGGAAGUUGUGCAACGCAUGGAGGAAAAUAACCGAUUGAGAUUACAACGAAUUGUGGAGCGUUUCGAGUGUCAACAGCUACCUUUUUAUUCCAGUCAGCUGAUUUCUUUUUCCGUCUUUUUUGAUGUACGGGAGUCACUUUACGAGUGGGUCGCGGAUGUUAUGGAACGGUUCUGGAUUUGGGUCAACCCUGCUGUUACGAACCCUCCCGAGUUGCAGACAUCGUCAUCAGGUCAUGGAUACAGAGUCCGCCUGGCUGAUCGUCGGAUUAACGAGAAAUCUCGUAGUUUGUUAACUUUGGUUCAUCCUCUGGCGCACAAAGCAAUUAUUGCUUCACAACUGCAUUUCCCGGAACUUCGUCUCAUUGAAUAUGACUGUGGUAAACUUCAAGCUUUGGCACGACUUCUUCGUCGUCUAUAUGCUCUCAAGCAUCGCUGUUUAAUUUUCACUCAGAUGUCGCGAAUGUUGGACGUCUUGCAAGCUUUUCUGUCUUAUCACGGGUAUCAGUAUUUUAGAUUAGAUGGAACAACAGGGAUUGAACAGCGACAGGCUUCUGCUGCUUCAUAUGCUAUGAUGGGCGGAUACGGUCAUUUUCUACGAUUCGGACUGGAAUCCUACUAUGGACGCACAGGCACAGGACAGAUAUGCCAUCGGGUAAAUGAUUUCAUCGGUCAAACUCGAAAUGUGACAAUUUUCCGUCUGAUAUCGGAAAGAACAAUUGAGGAGAACAUUCUACGCAAGGCAAAUCAAAAGCGUCGGUUGGGUGAAAUGGCCAUAGACGAUGCUGGAUUCACACCUGAGUUUUUCAAGCAAUCGGACAACAUACGGUCAGUAAUGUUUAAUGCAUCUGGUUUUGUAGUUGUGGUUAUCAAAAGUAGUCAAAUGGUUGCUAUGGCUACAUUGGAAGAUGAGCAAGAUGUGACUGCGGCGAGAUUGGUCCUUGCCGAAACAAAAGCCGAUAUUGCUGAGUUUGACGAGACCCGGAAUGUCGUUGCACCCGAAGGUUCGCUCGGUGAUCCUCUCGACGAGAAAUACAUCGAGUUGAUCAGCCAGCUGAAACCGAUAGAGCGUUAUGCUGUGAACUUCCUUGAAGCUGAAUACAAACCUGAAUUUGAAGAGGAAGUCCGAGAGGCUGAGGUAUAUUUCGAAGCUUUCAACCGCAGACUGUUUGAAAGGUUCACUUGGACGCCAUUCCCUACACCGCCUCUGUCUGAUACGGACAACGACAUCUAUUUCGAUGAAUGUCUGGAUCUACUUUACGAUCGGGAUUUCAUGACCGAAGAGCAGUUGCCGCAGGAAAUACAUGAAUUACCGUGUUCUCUGAAUAAGCCGUGCAGUCCAGUGAAACAACCUGGGAUUUUGAGUCAAUCGACAUUGCUUCUAGAUGCAGUGACUGAUAGCCGAGCAUCGAAGAAGGAGCGACGAGCAUUACCUCGCCAGCUGGAACAGAAAGGUCGAGAACUAAUGCGGCCAGUGACUCCGCCUCCAGCUGUCCGGGAAGAGUACGAUUAUGAAGGCCCGGAAUGGAAUAUAAUUGAGGAUCAAGCAUUGCUGACGGCGGUUCGAAAUGAAGAGCUCAUGUGCCACAGUUUUGAAAGAGUGAAGACAUCAUUGCGCUUCAAUUGGGAGUACAUUUCUGGAUUUGUUAACCGUGUUACGCGAUUCUACAGUAUGACUGUGGACUUGACCUGUGAACUGUCUAUUACUUAUGCUCUGCAUGUUUUUUCUCUCUCUGUAAUUACU